CGCAAAUCGGUCGCAUAUAAAACUGUUGUGUGCUUCGUAUGAUCAAUCACGUCGUGAGAUUGACGAAUAAAGCAUACUUUAACGAUUUUUAUGUACUGACAUUGUCAGAAAAAGCACGAGACAAGAAUGUAUGACGAAGAAUCACAUCUGGCUGAUGACUUCACUGGAUUUUCAGACAAGGAAAUCAGACAUGGGUUCAUCAGGAAGGUGUAUGGAAUUCUGGUGGUUCAACUGCUCGUCACAUUUGCUAUCAUAAGCAUCUUCAUCUAUGUAGAACCAAUCAAACAGUAUGCUGCAACCAACGUCUGGCUUGUGAUUGUAGCCAUGGUGCUGACGUUUGUUGUGUUGAUUGUGUUGUCAUGCUGUCCGGAUGUCAGAAGAAGUUACCCAAUCAACUUUGUGCUCCUGGGCGUCUUUACUGUACUGGAAGGAUUCAUGCUUGGUGUUGUGUCUGGGACUUACAAGACGGAGUAUGUACUGAUGGCAUGCGGAAUCACUGCAGUUGUUGCCGUUGGACUGACCAUCUUUGCCUUCCAGACCAGGUGGGACUUCACCAUGUUGGGAGGUCUCCUGUUCGUGUUCCUGAUCGUGCUAUUCUGCUUCGGACUGCUUUGUCUCAUCAUUCAGAACCACUAUGCAAAUAUUGUGUACUCCUCACUCGGCGCCCUCCUCUUCUCGUUCUACCUGGUGUUUGACACGCAGAUGAUGAUGGGCGGUAAACACAAGUACUCCAUCUCCCCGGAGGAGUACAUCUUCGCGGCCCUCAAUCUGUACUUGGAUAUCAUCAACCUGUUCUUGUUCAUCCUGUCACUUGUUGGGAACAGGAACUAGACGAACAUGUGGCAGAGAAACAUAUUUGGAUAGUAUGAAAUGGGUUUUGGAGGAGGUUUGUUUGUUGAGGGAUGUUUGAACCGAUGAUUGGGUCAAGGGUGUAGAAAUUGUUUGUCCGUAAACUGCCUGUUUCAUUUUCUUCAUAUGGGAAUGGGGAAACUCUGAGGAGACUGAGGAAAGGGCUUGAAUUUUGUUUAAAUAAUUGACUCUCUCUAGAAGUAUUUGUUUUUAUUGACUUCUUCAUUGAAUUAAUGUGGAUUAACAGAAAAUCCUUAGAGGCGCACAAUAUAGGUUGAUGCAUUAAAAAAAAAUUGUAAUGCAUGUUUAUGUUUAACUCAUUUUAGAUUUAUGAUCAAAACAAAAAAAACUAAGCAUGUUUUGUGUACAGAUAAAAAAUAUUAGCCUUAAUAUAUGGUGUAACAGUGUUUUUCAAUUAAUAGCUACCUGGCCAUAAAUACCAGAGUUCCACAAAGAAUGCCAAAAUAUUGUUAAUAUUUUUUUAUCUGUACUGAAAUCAUAUGCCUUUUUUUGUUUUGAUAAUUAAGGUUAAAUAAAUAAAAACAUUAUAAUGCAUUAAAAAUGCAUCAACCUACAAAGUGUGUGUUUCAAUCAAUAUCUUUUCAGCAUUGCAAAUAUCGUGCAUAUCAUAAGAUGUGAAAGGUUACUUUUUAUUAAGGUAGUUGUUUGUUUAUUUUCAUAUGCAUGUGACACAUUGCACAUAGCUUCUCAGUGUUGUGACUUCACUUAAGUUAACUAAGUAUUCAUUUUUAAAACUGAAGAAAAAGAAGUGAAAUCCUCACUUCUAAUAUUGUGGAAAUUUAACAUUUUUGUUUCUAUCUUUAAAUCUGUUUCGUUCUUAAGAUUUUUGACAGCUAUGCAAAACUGAUAUUGAUGCAUUUAAUUUCAUGAACUAAGAUUUUUUAAACAGCGUUUUGCUCUCUCCAGGGAGAGCUGCGUUAUGCUCUCUCCAGGGCAAGCAGUGUUAUGCUCUCUCCUGGGCCAUCAACUUUAGGCUCUCUCCAGGGCGAGCAGCGUUAUGCUCUCUCCUGGGCCAUCAACUUUAGGCUCUCCCCAGGGCCAGCAGCGUUAUUCUCUCUCCAGGGCCAGCAGCGUUAUGCUCUCUCCUGGGCCAGCAGCGUUAUGCUCUCUCCAGGGCCAGCAGCAUUAUGCUCUCUCCUGGGCCAUCAACUUUAGGCUCUCUCCAGGGUGAGCAGCGUUAUGCUUUCUUAUGCCACUCUCUUCAGGGUGAGCAUAAUGCUGCUCUCUAUACGGCGAGCAUAAAGUUGCUGCUUCCUCUGUCUGUUCCCAACAUUUGUCCAUAUCCAUGUUAUAGAUUAUGAAUUCCACAUGUAGCCUGGCGCAAACAACCAUGACCAGCAGAAAUAUGUCUUAUCGUUAAAUGUAACAUAUAUAUGCAAGCAAUAUAAUUUUAUAAAAAAAUUGUUUCUAAAAAUAAAACUGUAAAUGGCAUGAUCUGUUUGCAAGGUCAUGGGAACUUGAAUAGCAAUCUAAGUUUCAUUUUUAUGUAGAACUUAAUGAUAUGCUAUGAAAAUGUUUUCAAACAUAAACUUCAAGACACAUUUCUGAUUGUUGCUGUUUACUAUCUUUGGGCAUCGCAAAGGGAAUUCAAAUAACUUGUCUUUGAUAAAUCAGUGUUUGAAAUUGCAAAAUUAUUUUUAUGCCCCCAAUUGGGAGGAUAUUACUUAAGUGUAUUUAUAUCUCUUUUGGCAAAUGGCAAUGUAAAACCUUGUCUAGUUUGCUUAAGAUAUUCUAGUGAUAAAAUCAGGCUUUAAUAGGAUAUUGUGCCAUAAAUUCCAGAAGUGUUUUUAAUAAUUGCAAAAUAUUGCGAGUCUUAUAAUUUGAUAAAUUGUGAAGGUAUAAUUUCAUUUUAUCAUAAUCAUGGGUUAAAUAUGAAGCAUAUAUAAGGCAAAAUAUAAAUGUUAAGUUUCUCAAGCACCGCAUUUUUUUUUGCACCCUCUUUUGUUUUCUUAAUAAUGUAAAAAAUCAAAUAAAGAUGAACAGUAAAAUAAGAUAAAAGUUCCCGCUGCACCCCCUAUCGCGCUCCCUCCCACUUCCCCUUCCAAAGCCCUCCCACACACCCUACCCUGCCCCUUCCCACACCCCAACUGUGCGACCUCCUGGACCGCCUUCCAGAGCCCUCCAACACCCUACUGAGCCCCCUCAAACAUCCCCUACUGUGCCACCUCCCGCACCCCCUACUGCGCCCCAUACUGGGCCCCUUCCACACCCUUCCUGCACUCCCUAGCGUACCCCUUCCCAAUAUCAAUAAAAAGGUGCUUGAGAAACUUAAGAUUUAUUUUCUUGACCUUCAAACCUUUACAUUUAUGAUAAAGAUUGAAUCUACUUAGACACUAUGUUACUUAGUUCUUGUAUCAUGAUGUUCAUGUUUGAUUUAUCCUACCAUUGCAUUCAUUGUAUGUAUUAGUAUUAGUAUUUUAAAAUCCACUUUUUCAAACUAAUACUCAACUAUAGUCAUUGUACAUUCACAUUAACACUCAGAUAUACCCUAUAGGAGUUCCCUGUGUCCUGUGUUAUACAUAAUAACUUAUAAUCCUGUUUACUUAGUCUAACAAGAGUAAUUGCCCUUGAAUUAGUAAAACAUGGUCUGAAAUAUAUUAUAUCGAAUUUAGCACCUUAAGUAUUGCACCUACACAUAUGAAACUUGAUAGGAAUGUUGGUCAGCACGGGCUGUUGUGCACCUGCAAUUUCUUUCGGAUGUCACUCAUUUAUUCCGCAACUACUUAUUCUUCCUGUGUCAAGAUGGUGUCUAUGGGUAUUCAUCACAACUAGGGUAGCUCUGAAAAUGAUUUAAAAAUUGCAGUAAUAAAUGUUAUAUUAUUUGUUAAUUGUUCAUUGAAGUUAUGUUUUAGUGUUGUUCAUCUAAUUAACAUGUGUUGUACGAUUACUGUAUUGUUUGAAUAUCACAGGUUAUACUGCUUUAUUGGUAAAUAUUAAAGUGACACUCUUAUUCAAAAUCAAUACAUACACAUAAUAUAUAUAACAAACCUAUAUUUUGAGUGAUAAACCUUUAACUACCUACUAAAUAGUUCAUUUAUGGAAAACAUUAAUUUCUGAUAACAAGAUUGUAAUUGUAAAUAUUAAAUGAUUGGUGAAUGCUAAAAGAUUUAUAGUGAUUUACUAUAGUCGCAUAAGAUAGAAAUACUGUGUUUUAGUCAACUUUUUUCCAAAUUAAACUCGGUAUCCUUCAUAAGAACCAUAGAUAUUCACAUUUAUUUAUCCCUUUUGGAAUAUUUAAACAAUUGUAUUAAUUGUGGUAAAUCUAAUUUGGGAGUAAGAGUGCAUCUUUAAUGUAAAAUGUUAAGUUUUUGCUUUAUUGCUUUCAAUGUGACUGAUUGUCCAAGUAUACCAUUCAACCUUUCCUUAACAUAUUUCUAAAAAGUAACAUAAUAUGUUUUAACAAGUAUUGUUUUUUAAUACUUGUUUCUAAAUUGAAAAUCAAAGUUAUUUUAGUUUUCAUUCAGUUUCAUGUUUACAGCAUCAUUUCUAGUCACUAGAUUUACAUUUAGAACUGUUUCAAAACUGUGCAUACCCUGACUUGAUUGGGACACCAUUGUAACGCUAUUAAUAGUCUUCAUUAACGUUAUACGCAUAAACAUGUCAGUUAAAAGUUACCAGCUGGCCGUUUGUUCAGAAUUUUGUUAAAGUUAACAACGUUGUUAACUGAAUUAUUGUUAACUUUUAAAAAAUUCUCCUCAGAAAGUUUAAUGGAUACACUAAUGAUCUGCCGUAUUUCUUACAAGAUAAGAGAACACGUUCAGCUGUACUUUUUUUGUUUAGAUAUUUUUUUAUAAGUGUACAUCCUUAAAUAUUUCACAUUCAAAAAUUAACAUCGAUGUUGUUAAUCACGUUGUUAACUUAUACCAAGUUCUGAACAAUCCGCCAAAUGUUAAAUAGGUUGGUCUGGAAACAGUUUAUUACUGGAUUGAUACUUGCAAUGAUAAGGAGGAGAAUGUACACACAUUUUAUUUGUUGUUUAUGUAUAUUUUGGUUCUGUUUUGUUUGUAUAUAAUUAUUUUAAUGAUAUGUUAUGCAAUGUGUGUCACAUUGUCUAUGUAUGAAAUAAAGGUGUUAAGCUUU